GCUGAACUCCUCCUUUAGCGGGAGUUGAUUGGCUGAUCCACAGGCUGACAGUCAGAUCCAGUCAGUCUGCUGGACGGACGACGAUCCUGACUAAUGAAGAGAGCAGAUCUGGAACGGACUGUGCGUCUCCACUAUGCAAUGAACAAACCGAUGGAAAGUCGAUAGGCGAGUGCGACUGUGUGCAUUCAGACCCGUUAUCCUCAGCGCGUUCGCCAGUUCAGAACUUCCAGCUCAACUCAACAUGUAAAGUGCGACUGGCACCAGACGUACCCGACAGAUUGGUGCUGUUGAACUGUUAUCGGCAUGAUUCCGCCAGCAAACAUGAUUCAGGAGGACACGAUGGGCAAGGAGAACGAGCGGGACCACCGGGAGCCUCAGUCCCCCUCAUCCAUCAGCCAGCAGGAGUCAAAGCUGCAGAGGCUAAAGCGUUCGCUGUCCUUCAAGACCAAGAGUCUUCGCAGCAAAAGUGCUGAUAACUUUUUCCAGCGACCGAUCGAGGAUGUGAAGUUUCAAACAGAACUCCUCUCAGAUGUCAGCAGCAGCACAGGUCAUCUGAGCAGCAUCGGCGUGUCUGUCACGGCCUCCCCAGCGAUGUCUCUUCCUCCACCACCUCCUCCGCUGCCCACCGUCAUCCCGGGCAACCUACCAAUCACAAUCUGCUCUCCAUCCCGUGCCCCUCGCCAGACAGACCCCAAUGCCCACACCUUCCUGGAGCACAUCUUUAAGAAGCCUCAUUUCUGUGACAUCUGCAACCACAUGAUUGUAGCUUGCCAAGGUGGAGCUGGCAAGGUCUUCGGCACCAAUGCUAAGCUGGGCCUUCGGUGCAAAGCCUGCAAGAUGGGAAUCCAUCACAAGUGCCUAGAUGGAGUUGGACAGCAGAGAUGCAUGGGGAAACUGCCAAAAGGUUUUCGAAGAUAUUCUAGCUCCCCUCUGCUGAUUCAGGAACAGUUUGGGUGCAUCAGGGAGGUUAUGCCUAUUGCUUGUGGCAGCAAAGUUGACCCAGUGUAUGAGACUCUGAGAUUUGGAACUUCUCUGGCACAAAAAAACAAGCGAACCAGUGGAUCAGAGUCACCACAGAGAAACUCUACCAGUGAUGUGGCUCAGGUACCAGAAGAAAAGGCUGCCCACUGCAGUCGAGCUCAACUCAUCAGGAAACCCAGUGACAAUGUUUUUAUGCCGUUGGAGAAUGGAACUGAACAUUUUCAUGUUGCAGAAAGGAAAGCAGAAGAAUCACUCUCAGAAAGGGAGCUGAAGAGAGACCCCUUGCUGCUAAAUACCUAUGUGGCUUUGUUUGGAUUCACAGCCCAAGACAACCAAGAUCUAGAAAUGAGACCCGGAGAUCGAAUAGUCCUGGCAGAUGAUUCCAACGACGAUUGGUGGAAGGGUGUGAUUGAAGAUAGAAUUGGAUUUUUCCCAGCAGCCUUUGCACAUCAAGUGACGUCAAGUGACAGGGUGUUCAGGUGUAACCGAACCUUUAUUGGCUGUAAGGAGCAAGGACAGAUCACCCUAAAAGAGGGACAAAUUUGUGUGAGCGGUGAAAACGAACACAAUGGCUUCAUCAGAGUAGCCAGUGGGAAAAAGAGAGGAUAUGUGCCCUGUGACGUCCUGGAGAAUAUAUGAGGUUCAAAGAACACUCAAUGGUAAAGUAAAAGAGACAUUUCAAAACGAUGGCUCCACCACUGCCUCAAGAACCUGGAGGGCUCUCAGGAGGGGCCGGGAGACCCUCACUGACACAAAAUGAAUGUACAGUGACCCGGAAGAGUAUUUGGAUAUUUAAAAAUGUAUGCAUUUCAUUUAUUAAAAUAACAAAACCAUUAAAUCUUCUGCAAACAAAUAAAGCCAGAGCUUUUCUCAGAACUAAUUUCACUAAACUUAAGUUUUGGCCCCGUUUACACUUGAUGUUCAACCAAAUAUCUUGUCAUUGUUUGCUCACCCCCAACUUGUUCCAAACUUGUUUGAGUUUCUUUUUUCUGAAGGAAGUUAUUUGGAAGAAUUAUGGAAGCCAAGACAAAUGACUUCCAUAUGAUUUCUUUCAUCUAUUUCAAUGCAGAUUUUGGAAUAUUCUAUUAAAAAUGCUUAACUUUUGAACCAACUUUUGAAAAUGCACAUAAAAAGUUAUGUGCCCAAAUACAGCAUGUGCAUCAAAAAGCCCAUGUGAUUCUGUUUUAUCAGAUCUUGUGAUAACACAAAUUGGUGCAAAUGGACAAACCAGCAGACUGACCCUAUUAUAAAACACAAAACUGUUGGCGCCAAUAGCCUGACAUAGCACUGAGGUGCUUACAGCAGCGUGAUUUCAGUUCCCAGCUCAAGAUCUUUUGCCAAUCCUUCCCGUCUCUCUGCUCCCCACACUUUUCUAUAAUCUCCACUGUCCUGUCCAAUAAAAGGUGAAACAUAGCUGAAAAAUAAUAAUAAAAAUAAAUCUUGGUCUUGGUUUUGGUCUCGGCCUCUCUAAAAUGCCUUAGUUAAAGUCAUCAAAAAGUUAUUUAGUGUUAUCACUACGCCCAGACAGAAUCUGUAGACAUCUAUGUGUAAUGAUUUUGGAAGUAUUGUAACUAAAACCUUAAUAUACGAAAUAAAAAAUAAUACCUAUUUUACUUUUAUUUCAUGUUUACAAUGUAAAUCCAAUUAGAUCUACUCAUUUGGUAA